GGAAUCAGAAUUUAUUUUAUGACGAGGCUAAAUCGGUUAUUGCAGACCUUGGAUUAUCAUAUUUUAUAUUGGAAAGCGAGAGAGUUGAAGUUCAAGAAACAGUGCAUGAUGCUUUUACCUUAUAUUUCACCAGAGGUAUUGCAGUAUUGAAAGACGAAUCACUUACACCCGUGUAUAGUUUUGCAAUGAUAAUGUACGAAAUGAUAACAGAACGCAGACCGAGAUCAAAUAUUUCUCGUUAG